UAAUUGGCACGAAUAUUUUUUCACAUAGUUUAAAUAGUUUUUAUUCGAUGGCUGUGAUAACAAGAAGCAUGAAGUCAUUGUUUUGUCUGUGGGUGGAUUUGUAUUGUAAAUAUGGGACUGGCAACAGCUGAUUGUUUAUACAGCCUAGUGGCAUCACUACCAUCAACUUUUGACAUGUUAUGUAUCACCUUCUUGUGAGAAGAAACAGGAAAUAUCUGUUUUUGAUUUUAUCAAUUUAUUUUUCUACUAUAUUUACAAUACAAUGCAUCAAUGUGUAAAUUGUUAAUAUAAUUAUAUGUAUUAUGUGCUAAUAGAAUUGUUCAAGCGACACACAUCCUGCAUCACUCGGGCCGCAUGCUGCCCUUUGGGCUAUCCGUCCGGCCCGACGCAAUUUUAUGUGAGGCCCGGAACAUAAAGAUGGGCGAGGGCGGGUCGCCGGGCGGCGGGGGCGGCGCGGGCGGCGGCGGCGCGGGCGGGGCGCGGCUGUCGCACACGUCGGAGAAGCACCCGCGCGCCAUCCUCGGCGAGCUGUCCGCGCUGCGCCGCCACCGCGAGCUCUGCGACGUCGUGCUCAACGUCGCCAACAGGAAGCUCUUUGCACACAGGGUAAUCCUGUCAGCAUGCAGCCCGUACUUCCGCGCGAUGUUCACGGGCGAGCUGGCGGAGUCGCGCGCCACCGAGGUCACCAUCCGCGACGUGGACGAGCAGGCCAUGGAGCAGCUCGUCGAGUUCUGCUACACCGCGCACAUCGUCGUCGAGGAGAGCAAUGUGCAAGCAUUGCUGCCAGCGGCGUGCCUGCUGCAGCUGCAGGAGAUCCAGGACGUGUGCUGCGAGUUCCUGAAGCGGCAGCUGGACUGCUCCAACUGCCUCGGCAUCCGCGCCUUCGCCGACACACACUCUUGCCGCGAACUUCUGCGUAUAGCUGACAAAUUCACACAACAGAACUUUCCAGAGGUCAUGGAAAGUGAAGAGUUCCUACUGCUGCCAGCUGCGCAGCUGAUCGAUAUAGUUUCUUCAGACGAGCUCAACGUGAGGUCCGAAGAGCAAACCUUCCAGGCUGUCAUGUCCUGGGUCAAAUACAACGUGGCCGAGAGGCGGCAGCAUUUAGCACAGGUCCUUCAACACGUCCGGUUGCCAUUACUAAGUCCGAAGUUCUUAGUGGGCACCGUGUCAUCUGAGUUGCUGAUCAGGUCGGAUGACGCUUGUCGCGACCUGCUGGAUGAGGCCAAGAACUACCUGCUGCUGCCGCAAGAGAGGCCGCUCAUGCAGGGACCCAGGACUAGGCCGAGAAAGCCUACGAGAAGAGGCGAGGUGUUGUUCGCGGUGGGCGGCUGGUGCUCGGGCGACGCCAUCGCGUCGGUGGAGCGCUUCGACCCGCAGACGGCGGAGUGGAAGAUGGUGGCGCCCAUGUCCAAGCGCCGCUGCGGCGUCGGCGUGGCCGUGCUGCACGACCUGCUGUACGCGGUGGGCGGCCACGACGGACAGAGCUACCUCAACAGCAUCGAGCGGUACGACCCGCAGACCAACCAGUGGUGUGGGUCCGUAGCGCCGACGUCGUCUUGCCGCACGUCAGUGGGCGUAGCCGUGUUGGAGGGCGCGCUCUACGCCGUAGGCGGACAGGACGGCGUGCAGUGUCUCAACCACGUCGAGCGCUACGAGCCCAAGGACAACCGGUGGACGAAGGUGGCGGCCAUGACGACGCGGCGGCUGGGCGUGGCCGUGGCGGUGCUGGGCGGGCAGCUGUACGCGGUGGGCGGCUCGGACGGCCAGGCGCCGCUCAACUCCGUGGAGCGCUACGACCCGCGCAGCAACAAGUGGACGCCCGUGGCGCCCAUGUCCACGCGCCGCAAGCACCUGGGCUGCGCCGUGUUCGACGGACAGAUCUACGCCGUGGGCGGCCGCGACGACUGCACCGAGCUCUCCUCCGCCGAGCGCUACGAGCCGCAUACGGACACGUGGUCGCCGGUGGUAGCGAUGACGUCACGCCGCAGCGGCGUGGGCCUGGCCGUGGUCAACGGCCAGCUGUAUGCCGUCGGCGGCUUCGACGGCACCGCCUAUCUCAAGUCCAUAGAGGUGUUCGACCCGGAGUCGAACCAGUGGCGCCUGUGCGGCGCGAUGAACUACCGACGUCUGGGCGGCGGCGUCGGCGUCAUGCGCGCCCCGCAUCACGACAACCACUACAUAUGGAACCGAAAAGACUCAGUGGUGUGAGCCACACCCGCGCUGUAAAGUAUUCCCCCUCCAACCUUAUCAGUUAAGUCGUUACUCAUUUACUUUAUUGUUAAUACAAAUAUAUAAUUGACUAUUUAUAAUUAAAUGAAAAAUACAAAUUUUAGAAUAUUA